GAUCACAGUGGUGUUUUGGUAGAGCUGCGACCUGCACUGUUUUAAUUCAGGUACAAAAAGUAGGUCAGUUAUUAUUACAUCUUUUAACAAGUCUGAGAGCAACGAGUGAGGGGAAGGGCAGAAGGCAGGAGUGAGUUUUUUUUGUUUAGUCUGGAAAGGAGAGCAUGUGUCGAUAGGAGCAGUCAGUGGAACUCCAUUUCUCACCAUUAUAAUUUUUUCUUGAUUAUUUUUAUCGAUUUUUCUCCUGGUAAACACCGAAAAGCAGCCAUUUCUCAUCAAUUCCUGACAGACUUUUUAUGAGCAAAGACGUCAUGCUUCUGAAGGAGUAUCGCAUAUGCAUGCCUUUGACGGUGGAAGAGUACAGGGUCGGUCAGCUUUACACCAUCAGUAAACACAGUCAUCAGGAGAGUGACACCGGGGAAGGGGUCGAGGUGCUGCGGAGCGAAACUCACUGUGACCCCAAGUUAGGCCAAGGUCACUUCAGUGAGAAACGACUGCAUCUAGCCAGUAAGCUUCCGAGCUGGGCACGGUCCUUCAUUCCACGUAUCUUCUACAUCACAGAAAAGGCCAGGAAUUACUACCCAUACACUGUAACAGAAUAUACAUGUUCAUUCUUACCCAAGUUUUCAGUCCACAUAGAGACGAAAUAUGAAGACAACUGUGGAACAAACGACAACGUGUUCAGAGUGGAGAAGGAGAAGUGUAAAGUAGAAGUGGACUACGUGGACAUUUCCUCAGAUGACGUCCCAGAGAGACAUUAUAAAAUGACAGAGGAUUUAAAACGCUUCUCCUCCAUGAAGACAGGAAGAGGACCUCUUCAGACGGGCUGGUGGAAAAAGAGCAGGCCAGUCAUGUGCUCAUACAAACUGGUGCGGGUCCAGUUUGAGGUGUUUGGUCUGCAGAGCAGAGUGGAGCAGUAUAUCCACAAAGUUAUCAGGGACGUGCUGUUGGUGGGCCACCGGCAGGCCUUCGCAUGGGUGGACGAGUGGUACUCCAUGUCUUUAGAAGACGUCCGGACGUUUGAGAGCCAGAUGCAGACGGCCACCAACCAGAAGUUCGGAUGCCAAGAAGCCUAAUGGCCUCGCCUUCAAAACGUAAGGUCCUGCGUUCUACAGUGAGAGCUUUCAGUAGCUGCAGCGAAGUCGUGCCAGGGAAAUUAGGUUGCACUAAGUGGUGACAUGAGGUUCAGAUUGAUUGUGGAGCCAUCUGUUCAGCAUUUGUCGAACCGACACUGCCAUCCAGUGGAAACUGGCUGAACUUGGACCAGGCUUUAGAGGUUGUCAUACAUAAUGGAUGCUGUUCAUUUCUCAUCUAAAUGCUCUUGGUUAUGCUCUUGGUUAUCUCGGCUGGGAACUGAGCUGUGUGUCUGUCUGUGUU